AUGGGACUCAGCUGCUUCAAGUCCUGGAAACAUGACAGAACAGGCCACAAAGGAAACAGAGACGUGUUGGCCAGCCCUGGCUCGUAUUUCUUCCUCUCUAACAGCGCCGGGCAGGGGGACGAGUGGCUGAAGAGCCUCAACAAGGGGGUCUGGAUCCCUUUCACAGGGGUCUUUGGUCAGCGUCUGGAGGAGACGGUGCUGUAUGAGCGACGCUAUGGUGUGCGUUUGGUUCCGCUGGUGGUGGAGCAGUGUGUGACCUUCAUCCGGGAACAGGGUCUGCACGAGGUGGGCUUGUUUCGUCAGCCGGGACAGUCCAGUCUGGUCAAAGAGUUGCAGGAGGCUUUCGAUGCUGGGGAGAGACCGUCUUUUGACAGUAGCACAGACGUCCACACGGUGGCGUCCCUGCUGAAGCUGUACCUCAGGCAGCUGCCGGAGCCUCUGGUUCCUUACAGACGCUACCAGGACUUCCUGCUCUGUGCUCAGAAGCUGGCCAGUGAUCGAGGGCUGGUUUCGGGGGAGUUGAGGAGUCUUCUUCAUGAGUUGCCUGUUGCAAACUUCAACCUGCUCAACUUCAUCUGCCAGUUUUUAUACGAGGUCCAGAGUUAUUCCAGCAGCAACAAGAUGAGCGGUCAGAACUUGGCCACCGUGUUUGGGCCGAACAUCCUCCGAGCCAAAGCUGAAGACCCACAAAGCAUCAUGGGAGGAGCAGCACUGGUCCAGGUUCUGAUGCUGGAGCUCAUCAGAGAGCAUGAACCUCUGUUCGCCAAAAUCCCUUCACUUAUCUCCGCCCGUCCACCUGGCGGUUCCCAUGCAUCGCCAAGUGCCCUGAGGCAUCCUCACCUCCACCCGACGCCCUGCCUCCGCCAGCUGUCUAUGCCGCUCAUCGUCGAGCGCUCCAGAGAACCAGGACAGUCUGCCGCAGACCAACAAGAUCCCAGCUGCAUCUACUCUGCUGCUGCCAAAUCCGACCUGUCCUCAGACCAGAAGAGACGUCUCGGCCAUCGAUACACCUCCUCCCAUCCAGAAAACUGCUUCUACCCACUGCCCUCCUCCAGCACCUCUGAAAGACCCGACAUAGAUUACCACCAGGGUCAUGCUGGCCGGGGACCUUCCCCUGCAAAUGUUCAAGACUCUUCAACGAGCCUCCAGCUAAAAGAGCAACUCCAGCCAAGAACGAUGCUCUUGAGCUGGGCCAAGGACUGGCCAAACCCGGAAGAAGCCGGCGGUUCUUACUGGAGUUCUGAUGCUCCAGAGGAAAAUGGUGCAAUGCCAGGAUCAUCCAGCGGGGGCAGCAGCAAUGAGGAUCAGGAGGACAGCAACAUUUCGGCCUACGACAACCUGGAAAGAGCACUGAGGAAAGAAGAUGAAGCCAAGGAUCCAGGAGGCCAUAUUGGACCCGGUGAAGAGGAGGCGGGGCAGAUGAGGGGCUCCUCCUCUUCAUGGUCUUCCUGCGAGGUGCUACCGUUGGACGAGAGCAGUGACGCUGGGGAAGCGGUUAGCCCCGACACAUCUCCAAAGACACCUAAGAGGUUAACUUCAAGUCCAGAAGCGGAAAAGGAAACCAGUGACAGUGACGAUCAUGAAGACAACAAUGACCAUCAUGAUGGAGAUGCCCACUUCCACCACCCUACCUCCCUGGCCUCUGGUUCUUUACUGAGCGAGAGUCCUCUCAGUACGGGCAGCUCUGAAGUGUUCCUCCCCUCCGGUCCCCCAGAACCCCAGGAGCCUGAGCCUCCGUCACAGCCGGGGGACGUUCACUCACUCCUGGCCGAGCUGCAGGAUCAGAUGGACAAGCAGAAGGCCGAGUACCAGGCCAGGAUGCAGAGGUUGGAGCGCUGUAACGACGUCCUGGAGCGGCAGCUGGUGAUCCUGCGGGUCAGUCUGGAGCAGCAGAAGCGCAGCAGGAGCGUCGCCGAGAUCAAGAUCCGCAACAUGGAUCGAGCCAAAGCGGACGCCGACCAAAGAAACAACACGCUGCAGAAAGAGAUGCAUGUCUUCUUCGAGAUGUAUGGAGACGCCAAGAGACGAGGAGGAGAGGAAGGAGGAAGAGGAGCAGGGACUCUCUGAAGAUAAAAAGAUUGGGGAAUUUGUUUUGGAUAGGAUGGAGGGUAAGAGAGUCAGAUGAAUCUCUUCAGGAGAUCCAAGUCCUGUGAAUGGAUCCUUUUGGCAGACCAUGAAGGAAUCAAACCGAUUGUGAAAAGACAGAAAUGUUGUUGUUGUCUGAUCCAGAAGACAAUCUAAAGAAGUAGGUUGAGUGUGACUUGGUGCAAGAAAGGUUGAAAUCAAAGAGCAGUUUUGGACGUUGGCAGGGAAGGAUUGGACGUUGGAUGUCUUGCAAGGUUGGACUCCUCACUUCCACGUCCGCGUUUUCCUGAUAAUCUUGUUGGACAUCGCUGAGACUGGUUUCUAAGAUAAGGCCAACAAGCGUAUCCUGCUUUUGUCUACGACCUUUUUAUCAUGUUUACAGGUGUAGCCUCUGGGACAGGCCCCGACAAGAUCAAGAUGCAUCUCAGAACAGUCUGCGCCAUCAAGGAUGUGUCUGGGACAGGAAAAUCAUUGCCAAAGUAGUGAAGUCUGCCUCUGAGAACUUGAAUUACAGACUGCAGAAGAGGUGAAGUUUACCCCAUUUGUUAAAUCUGAGGAGGAAACAGACUUAUCGAAUGUCGACAGUAGUCUUUCUUUUACACGGCAAAGGACCAAAGUCCAAAAAGAUAAUCAAGCGUAUGGUAACAUGGAAGCAUUCUGGUUUACUCUAAAAUGCAUCAAAUGGACAUCUUCACACUGGUUUUCACUAUGAUAAGUUAUUGACUGGCUGCUUUACUCAAUGACAUGUUUUAUAAGCUGUGCAGGACUUCCUUCAGACUGAAAGUCUAACAAAAGCAGGGAGCAGAUGUUGUUUUUUUACAGUUAAAUGUGUAUAAGAAGUCAGAUCGUCUUAACGACAGAUACAGGAAGUCCUGUUGACUCUGCAUGA